AUGUCCAAGCCCAGCGACCACAUCAAGCGCCCCAUGAACGCCUUCAUGGUGUGGUCCCGCGGCCAGCGGCGCAAGAUGGCCCAGGAGAACCCCAAAAUGCAUAACUCGGAGAUUAGCAAGCGGCUGGGCGCGGAGUGGAAGUUGCUCUCCGAGGCGGAGAAGCGCCCUUACAUAGACGAGGCCAAGCGGCUGCGGGCGCAGCAUAUGAAGGAGCAUCCCGACUACAAGUACAGACCCCGGCGCAAGCCCAAGAACCUGCUGAAAAAGGACAGGUAUGUCUUCCCUUUGCCUUACCUCGGGGAAACCGAUCCCUUAAAGGCCGCCGGGCUUCCCGUGGGGGCCACUGACUCUCUGCUGAGCUCCCCGGAGAAGGCCAGGGCUUUCCUGCCUCCCACCUCAGCACCUUACUCCUUACUUGACCCCAGCCAGUUCAGCUCCAGCGCCAUUCAGAAGAUGACUGAGGUUCCUCACACCUUAGCCACCAGCACCCUGCCCUACGCCUCCACCUUGGGAUACCAGAACGGGGCGUUUGGCAGCUUGAGCUGCCCCAGCCAACACACCCACACUCAUCCCUCGCCAACUAACCCUGGCUAUGUCGUGCCAUGUAACUGUACCGCUUGGUCGGCUUCCAGUUUGCAACCCCCAGUUGCUUACAUAUUAUUCCCAGGCAUGACCAAGACUGGGAUAGAUCCCUAUUCUUCAGCACAUGCGACUGCCAUGUAA